AUGAAGGGCUUGCUGAAUCACUUUCGUCUCCAGCAAAUAGUUAAAGUUCAGACUCGGAAGGAUGCCAUAUUAGACUUGGUGCUCACUAACAGGCAAGAAUACUAUAGUCCGCCACAAGCCUACCCUCCAUUCGGGUUGUCGGAUCACAACGCUGUUGUUGUGUCGCCAAAAGAUGGUAAACGUGAUAUAAACAGAAAGCAUGUUGUUAAAAGGUGUGACUUACGUGAGAGUAACAAGGCUGACUUGGGGAGAUAUCUAACCUCUAUUGAUUGGCCUUUAUUGUUCGCUCCUACGGAUAGUUGCCAGGAAAAGUGGGAGAUUUUCCACACUGCUGUACAUACAGGGCUUGAUAUUCUGAUGCCUGAGAAAGAAAUUCGUACCUGUAGUGCGGACGCUCCUUGGAUUGACCAUAAGCUGAAGUCAAUGAUACUGAAAAGACAGAAAGCGUUCAAAUCAUAUGGCGCCGACUCUGCCCAAUUCAAGUUCUUCCGAAAUCUGGUUAACCGGGAAAGAAAGGCAUGCAGAGCUAAAUAUUAUGAAGUGCGAAUUCAGAAUUUAAGACAAGAAGCCCUAAAGAAAUGGUGGGACGAAGUAAAGCGUCUGAGCGGCUCAAAAAGAAAAAAUGGCGGCCUUUUGAGCCAGAUUGACCUGGAAGGUUUUUCAGAAUUGUCAUUAAAAGAAAAGGCCAACACCAUCAAUGCCGCGUUAUUAGAACCGCUGGAGGAGUACAGGCUGCCAACCCCACUAGAGUUUCUCUCCAUGGAGGCGGAUACAACACCAGAGAUCCUGCGCGUGAGUGAACAACGUGUUCAGAAGGUUCUGUCUCGCCUUAACCCUGGGAAAGCGUGUGGGCCUGAUAGAAUUCCCAAUUGGCUACUGAAGGAAUAUUCAGAUGCAGUGGCUUUCCCAGUGACGGAAAUCCUUAAUGCCUCCUACUCCGAGCAGCAUUUACCAAGAAUGUGGAAGUUGGCUGACGUGACACCCCUGCCCAAAAAGAAAUCAGUAAAGGAACUGAAAAAGGACCUAAGACCUAUCUCGCUUACUCCCUGCAUUUCUAAGGUCGCAGAAGGGUUUAUUGUGGACGACUACGUCAAACCAGCAGUUAUGAGUAUCAUUGACGACAGCCAAUACGGGGCAAUACCAAAUUCCUCCACGACUAUGGCCUUAAUUAGCAUGUUACAUAAUUGGUCUAUUAACACUGAUGGAAAUGGCGCUACCGUAAGNGGCCCGGGUUCUUUGAUCCCAUAG